AAUCCAGCUACCCUCCCCAGCCAGUACCAGGCCAAAAAAAAAGAAAGUGGCAUUACCAUGUGUGCCAUCAAUGCGCAUUCUUGCUCUACAGCUCACUCCCAGCCAAAGUUUCCUAUUCCACCAUCAAAAAUCCAACACUGGUCAAAAAAAAACCCAAAAAAAAGAAAGAAAGAAAAACCCAACAGUUGAAUCUAUAAAUUGGCUCUCACCUUACUGCAAAUGCAUCAUGUUUCCCUCUCCACAAUGAACACUAUCAAGCUAGUAAAUCACUUUCCCCUCCUUAUUUUCUUCUUGUUCUUCAUUUUCACUACCACCAUUGCCUCUUCCUCUUCAGAAAAAGAAACAUACAUAGUUCAUCUGCGAUCACCCCCACCAGAUAUUGGCUUGUUGAAUAUUGACGAUUGGCACAGAUCAUUCCUGCCGCAAGACGAGCCGCGGCUGAUCUGCUCUUACACCGAAGUCUUCAGCGGCUUCGCCGCGAAGCUCACGGAGGAAGAAGUCAGCAUCAUACAGCAGAAAGACGCGCUCAUUCGCGUCUACCGUGACAGGCUUCUUCCGCUCGCGACGACCCAUUCCCCGGAAUUCCUCGGCCUGCGCGUCGGGAACGGCUUCUGGAACGUCUCCGGCCUCGGAAAAGGCGUCAUCAUCGGAGUUCUCGAUACCGGCCUACUGCCCACGCAUCCCUCGUUCGGCGACGACGGCGUCCCCCCGCCGCCGCGCCGGUGGAAAGGCGUUUGCUAUUUUGGCGGCGCGGGCUGCAACAACAAGAUAAUCGGGGCGCGUGCGAUCGGAAGCGCCGCCGCGAACGCCACCGCGCCGCCGGUCGACGACGCGGGCCACGGCACUCACACUGCUAGCACAGCUGCUGGGAACUUUGUGGCCGACGCAAGUGUUCGAGGAAAUGCCAAUGGGACCGCGGCGGGGAUCGCCCCGCACGCGCACUUGGCGAUUUACAAGGUGUGCAGCCGGAGCCGGUGCUCGAUGGUUGAUAUUCUGGCCGGGCUGGACGCCGCCGUUAAGGACGGCGUCGACGUCGUCUCGCUCUCGCUCGGCGGCGGCUCCGCGCCGUUCGAGUACGACCCGAUCGCAAUUGCCGCCUUCAAGGCGAUGGAGAAGGGGAUCUUCGUGAGCUGCGCGGCCGGCAACGAAGGGCCGGCGCCGAGCUCUGUCUCCAACGCCGCCCCUUGGGUGCUCACCGUGGCUGCCGGCACGAUGGAUAGAGCCAUCAGGGCCAAAGUUAGGCUCGGCGACGGGCGAGAAUUCGACGGCGAAUCGCUUUUCCAGUCUCCGAACUCCACUUCCACUCUGCUUCCGCUAAUUUACCCUGCAACCAACAACACUCCUGCAGAUUGUAGCUUUCUUGACAAUUUCGAUAUCGAAGGAAAGAUCGUGCUGUGUCAAAGCCCCGGAUUGACCGGGAGGAUCGACGCGGGCAUCGGAGUAUUAGCAUUCGGCGGCGCGGGCAUGAUCCUGAUGAAUCCGAAGCCUGACGGAUACACCACUUUCGCCGAUGCUCACGUCCUCCCCGCGUCGCAUGUGAGCUACGCAGCAGGUUCGGAGAUCAUCUCCUACGUCAAUUCGACUAGCGCCCCGACGGCGACGAUCGCCUUCGAGGGGACGGUGCUCGGAUCGUCCCCUGCUCCGACGGUUGCGUUCUUCUCUUCGAGAGGGCCCGGAAAAGCUAGCCCGGGUAUUAUAAAGCCGGAUGUCACCGGUCCCGGUAUGAACAUCUUAGCGGCGUGGGCAGCGCCGGCGGAAACGAGAUCUACUAUGGCAGUUUCUACUGAACGAGCUUUCAAUAUGGUCUCAGGCACUUCGAUGUCGACGCCGCAUCUCAGUGGCGUCGCCGCGCUUAUAAAGAGCGUGCACCCGCAUUGGUCCCCUGCCGCAAUCAAGUCGGCGAUCAUGACGACCUCUGAUUUCGUCGACCAUAGUGGUGAACCCAUAAAGAACGAGCAGUACCAAAAGGCGAGCUUCUUUGCCAUGGGUGCAGGUUAUGUGAACCCGUCAAGAGCCGUCGAUCCAGGCCUUGUUUACGAUCUCGGCGUAAAUGAUUACAUAGCAUAUCUUUGUGGGCUAGGGCUAGGAGACGCCGGAGUUUCCGCCGUAGCUCACCGCAACAUCAGGUGUUCGACGAUAAGAAAUGUCACUGAAGCAGAGUUGAACUACCCAUCAAUACUAGUAAAUCCGCAGGAUAAACCGAUUACGGUGAAGCGGACGGUGACGAACGUGGGGAAAGCGAGUUCGACGUAUGUAGCUGCUGUGGAAGUGCCCGAGGAGGUGGUGGUGGUGAGAGUGCGGCCGCGAAUUCUGCACUUCUCGAAAGCGAAUGAGAAGAAGAGCUUCGCGGUGACGGUGCAGCGGAAGGGUGGGAGCAAGAAUGGUGUUGAAGGGAAUUUGAAGUGGGUUUCUGGAGAACAUGUUGUGAGGAGUCCAAUUCUCAUCCCUGCUAAAAGUUCUGCUUCCUUUGCUACCGCUUUUGCUGUAAAUAGUUAAUAGUUAAUUGAUCAUAUAUGAUAUAUAUAGUAUGAGGAGAAUAGAUCCAUUUGUUUUUGGAUCAACCUUUUUGGCUUCCCUAUCUUUAAAAUGGUUCACAAAAUUUGCCUAUGUGGAACUAUACAUGGGUUACACAUUCUGUAUGGUUUUAUUACGUCUUUUUUUAGAUAACACGAUAUCAAUGUUAAUUCUAAAUCUAUUUUAUGAGAUCA